GAAUCUAUUGUUUUUGGAUGAACAUGAUGCCUAAAUGUAAAUCUUGAAAGCUUUCUCAUCACUGGUUUGAUGGCAACGUGAUCAUGUUGUACAAGCUUGUAGAUUUACAUAAUUUUUAGCAAGACUUUUGCAAGUGCUAAUCUUUUGAAAGAUGUCUUCCAUUCCGAAAGAUCGGUCACACAAGGGAAACUUGAAGAAUCCAGAGGCACUAGAUAGGCCAAAGGCUUCGAAUAAAGAGAGUGUAGCAGAAGUGGAGAGGUCACACAAUGGAGAUUUGAAGAAUCUAGAAGCACCAGAGAGUGUGGCAGAAGUGGGGAAAUUUGAUUUCUUAAAAGCAUUAGAAAGGCCAAGGCCUUUGAAUAUAGAGAGACAAAGAUCGUGUGAUGAAAGAACAAUGAGUGAACUAUCCAUAGGCAUUUCUCCACGUCAAUUGACCGCAAAAGCUGAAAACUGUUCUCGCCUGGGGGACCAUCUUGAUCAUCUAAAUUCUCCUCUGCCAAAGUCAGGUCUUAACACUCCCAGAUCAGCUACAUUUGAUUCACAUUCAAUAGCAUCGGAAGCUUGGGAUGCUCUAAGGCGUUCCUUGGUAUAUUUCCGCGGUCAGCCAGUUGGUACAAUUGCUGCUUUGGAUAAUUCUGAUGAAAAACUUAAUUAUGAUCAGGUUUUUGUAAGAGACUUUGUCCCAAGUGCUUUGGCUUUUCUAAUGAACGGGGAACCAGACAUUGUUAAAAAUUUUAUCUUAAAGACCCUUCGCCUUCAAUCAUGGGAGAAAAAGAUUGACAGGUUCCAGCUGGCAGAAGGGGUGAUGCCUGCUAGUUUUAAAGUAUUCCAUGAUCCAGUCAGAAACCAUGAAACCCUUAUAGCAGAUUUUGGUGAAAGUGCAAUAGGCAGGGUUGCUCCUGUUGAUUCUGGAUUUUGGUGGAUUAUUCUACUUCGUGCAUACACAAAGUCUACAGGAGACUCUUCUUUGGCUGAACUACCCGAAUGUCAAAAGGGUAUGCGCUUGAUCCUGAGUUUAUGCCUGUCAGAAGGGUUUGACACGUUUCCGACUUUACUAUGUGCUGAUGGAUGCUGCAUGAUUGAUCGUAGAAUGGUGAGUGUUCUAAGAACGUAA